GUUUCCCCCAAGAGAGAGCAGCUGAGUCCUUGCACCCUGUGACAGCUGCUGUUCCCAGCCCUGAGCCCAUCGGAGGUCCUGCAGCAGUGGCAGUGUGAGGAGCUGUGCAAUCAGUUAUAACUGAAAAUGUCUGACGGUCUGGAUAAUGAAGAGAAACCCCCAGCUCCCCCACUGAGGAUGAACAGUAACAACCGGGAUUCUUCGGCACUCAACCACAGCUCCAAACCACUUCCUAUGGCCCCUGAAGAGAAGAAUAAGAAAGCCAGGCUUCGCUCUAUCUUCCCAGGAGGAGGGGAUAAAACCAAUAAGAAGAAAGAGAAAGAGCGCCCAGAGAUCUCUCUUCCUUCAGACUUUGAACAUACGAUUCAUGUUGGGUUUGAUGCAGUCACCGGGGAAUUCACUAACUCCCCCUUCCAGACAUCUAGACCUGUGACGGUCGCUUCAAGUCAAUCAGAGGGAAAAAUGCCAGAUCUCUAUGGCUCACAGAUGUGCCCAGGGAAGCUCCCAGAGGGAAUUCCUGAGCAAUGGGCACGAUUACUCCAAACCUCCAACAUAACAAAGCUGGAACAGAAGAAAAACCCCCAAGCUGUUCUAGAUGUUCUCAAAUUCUAUGAUUCCAAAGAAACAGUCAACAACCAGAAAUACAUGAGCUUUACAUCAGGAGAUAAAAGCGCACACGGAUACAUAGCAGCCCAUCCUUCGAGUACAAAAACAGCAUCAGAGCCUCCUUUGGCUCCUCCCGUGUCUGAAGAAGAAGAUGAAGAAGAGGAAGAAGAAGAAGAUGACAAUGAGCCCCCACCAGUCAUUGCACCAAGACCAGAGCAUACAAAAUCAAUCUACACUCGUUCCGUGGUUGAAUCAAUUGCUUCACCAGCAGCACCAAAUAAAGAGGUCACACCACCUUCUGCUGAGAACGCCAAUUCCAGUACUUUGUAUAGAAAUACAGAUCGGCAAAGGAAAAAAUCCAAAAUGACAGAUGAGGAGAUCCUAGAGAAGCUAAGAAGCAUUGUGAGUGUUGGUGACCCAAAGAAAAAAUACACAAGAUUUGAAAAAAUAGGUCAAGGGGCCUCAGGUACUGUUUAUACAGCGCUGGACAUUGCCACAGGACAAGAGGUGGCCAUAAAGCAGAUGAACCUUCAACAGCAGCCCAAAAAGGAAUUAAUUAUUAAUGAAAUUCUGGUCAUGAGGGAAAAUAAGAAUCCCAAUAUUGUUAAUUAUUUAGAUAGCUACUUAGUGGGCGAUGAACUGUGGGUAGUCAUGGAAUACUUGGCUGGUGGCUCUUUGACUGAUGUGGUCACAGAGACCUGUAUGGAUGAAGGACAGAUAGCAGCUGUCUGCAGAGAGUGCCUCCAAGCUUUGGAUUUCUUGCACUCAAACCAAGUGAUCCACAGAGACAUAAAGAGUGACAAUAUUCUCCUUGGGAUGGAUGGCUCUGUCAAACUGACUGAUUUUGGGUUCUGUGCCCAGAUCACUCCUGAGCAAAGUAAACGAAGCACGAUGGUGGGAACUCCCUAUUGGAUGGCACCUGAGGUAGUGACUCGAAAAGCUUAUGGUCCGAAAGUUGAUAUCUGGUCUCUGGGAAUUAUGGCGAUUGAAAUGGUAGAAGGCGAACCCCCUUACCUUAAUGAAAAUCCACUCAGGGCAUUAUAUCUGAUAGCCACUAAUGGAACCCCAGAGCUGCAGAAUCCUGAGAGACUGUCUGCUGUAUUCCGUGACUUUUUAAAUCGCUGUCUUGAGAUGGAUGUGGAUAGGCGAGGAUCCGCCAAGGAGCUUUUGCAGCAUCCAUUUUUAAAAUUAGCCAAGCCUCUCUCCAGCCUGACUCCUCUGAUUAUUGCUGCAAAAGAAGCGAUUAAGAACAGCAGCCGCUAG